CUGGGCCGGGUCGGGCGCGGUGGCAUGGCUGGGAGCGCUCGGGAAUGGGUCUGGCUAGGGCCGCUGACUCGGCAUGCCGGCCUGGCCAGUCUCAUGACCCGGGUGGUGAUUCUGUAGGUACGGCCUCGACAUGCAGAACAACGCCGGCGAGUUCGUGGACCUAUACGUGCCGCGGAAAUGCUCCGCGAGCAACCGCAUCAUUGGUGCCAAGGACCACGCGUCCAUCCAGUUGAAUGUGGCUGAGGUUGACAAGGUCACAGGCCGGUUUAAUGGCCAGUAUAAAACCUAUGCUAUUUGCGGGGCCAUUCGCAGGAUGGGCGAGUCAGAUGAUUCUAUUCUCCGGUUGGCUAAAGCUGAUGGAAUUGUCUCAAAGAACUUUUGAUCAGAAGAGGUCGGGAAUAUUUGUCAUAAAUAAAAGUAAGAAAGUAAAAAAAA